GUCACAAGGCUCAGAAACCCUCUCUCGCAGAGAAUAGAAAAAAAGUUGGGCAAAGUCUGUCUCAGCUCCAAUAGCUACCAGACACCCACUCCCUUUAGAGGACCGGACUCUCCCUCUCUCUCUCUCUUUAUCUCUCUCUCACACUCACUCACUCACUCACUCACACACACACACACACACACACACACACACACACACACACACACACACACACACACACACACACACACACACACACACACACACACACACACACACACACACACACACACACACACACACACACACACACACACACACACACACACACACACACACACACACACUCACUCCUGACACAGAGAAGAUAGGAUAACUGGAGAGACCAUACACACUUCCUACUCAUCCAGCAACUCACCCAGCCAUCGCCAGACGCUAAGACCAAGAUGUGGACUCUGCUCUUGGGGGUUACCUUUGGAUUACUGGCCUCCUCCAGGUUGGAACCGGCUCAAGCUAUAGUAAAGUCCCGUAGCUGCAGCCAUGCUGGAGUGUUCCACGUGGAGGGAGAAGCUCGCUACUCGUUGACCUUUGGCCUGGCCAAGAACCUGUGUGAGAGCCUGGGCGGCACCAUUGCCAGCAAGGAACAGGUCACAGAGGCCCACGCCCAAGGCCUAGAGACCUGUAGAUAUGGUUGGAUCAGCAACGGAAAUACCACUAUCCUCAGACAGAAGGCCCAUGUUAACUGUGCCAAGAACAUGACAGGAGUCUUCUUCCACCAUGACACUCUGGACCAACCCUUUGAUGUCUUCUGUUUCAAUGCAUCAGAUUUGUCUAUGAAGAACUGUGAUUUGGCCAUCAAUCCUGAUUCAACAGGACCAGAGAGUGUUCAGGUGACAGAUGGAGACCUUGCUUCUGAUGCUGCAGGUGAAGCCUCAGAGCAGCCUAAGACAGAGGAGGUCCCAGAGGAGAAGACAGACAUCCAGACAUAUGCCCCAGCAGUGGUGGAGGACCAGGACCAGGUACAACCAGAGGCCACAGAGGGAACCCCAGAGGACAGGGCCCAGCCUGAGGACAGAGCAAGCACAGAGCCUGACACAGUGGAUACCACCUCUGCACCUGAGAAACAGGGAGCCGAGAGCACCACUGAGGUAUUUGAGGAAGUGGACCUGACCCAACCUGCAUCCACUGAGGCUAGCCCAGAGGAACCAACAUCUGGGGCUGGGGGUGAGGCCUCAGAGGGGGCAGCCACAGAGAGCCCUGGUGGGGAGGAAGAGCAGACUGAGGGGGAUGAGACCCAGUCAGCCGGCCGCACUGGGGUGCUGGCCACUGAGAUGGAGGACACCACCGGGUCUGGGAUGCAACCGACUGGCGCUGAGGAGGGGGCCUCUUCUAUUGCACCACCUGUUGGACAGCCAGGAGAACCACAGGGCUCAGCCAGCGAGGAGGAUGUGCAGGAGAUAGUGCCAGAGCAGGAGGAGGAGGAGGGGGUAGAGGAUCAGCCCAUUCCCAGGGGGAGGAUGAAUCCAGGUGAGGGAGUAGCCCCUCCUCCAGCCGGGAAGGAGAAUAGUAGCACACCCGAUUGGCUGAUCAUUGUGGGAGUGGUUGCGGCUGUGGGCGCUAUUCUCCUUGUGUGUGCUGCUGUGGUCAAGCGGAAGAGCUGGUGCGGUCAGCAGCAGACCCUGAUGAUCACCAACAAGGAUGGUAGUGACGGGAAUGGGGCGGUGGCGUCUGUGGCUAGCUCCCGCGCCCAGGAGAGAGAGCAGGAGAUGGUGACCCUGAUGAACAAAGAGAAGAUCCAGGAAAACGGCAACACAGAGGAGUUCACCGUCAUCACACUGGAUGAGUCCCCAGAGAAAGGACAGCUGGCAUGAGAGAGGAGAGGAGGAGGACAAGGAGGAGAAGAGAGAGGGGACUGAAGGAUAGAGAAAGAUGAGUAGCUAUGGGGGUGCUGACACUGGGGCAGGACUAGAGAAGGUCUGGCUGGGGGUGGAGAUGGACACUUUGGCCUGCUACCAAGAAGACAGACACAUUGAACAUGCCAGCUGGGGUUGGGUGGGGGAUUUGUAAAUUUAAGGGAUGGUUAAUACUCUAUUGAUUCUGUUGUUGUAUUCUGGGAAGAAUGGCUGGUUUGUCCCACCUUGCUACUAAGGUGCAACAUCGGAAACUGGCCCUGUCCUUUGCCUGUCUCUCAGAUGGGCUAGCUAGACUGUUAAAGCCAAGAUGAGCAGAAUGCUACUUUCUACCCUGUUAUGUCAGGUAUGUGGUUAGGAUUGGAUAGUUCCUAGUCCUAGGGUUUGGACUGAGUCGCUACAUCUGGGGUCUCAAGCCAGGCUUCAUACACACAUGCUGAUAUUCACCCCUGCCUUUCAAUCAGUGUCUAAUCUAAAUCUGAGAAAAUCAGUCUGGCUUCUCUAGCCAAUCAGUAACAUUAAUUCAAUAAUAAUAACAGGUUGAAAUGUAACCCUGCAGACCCUGUGACACUGGCGGACUGGAGGUUGACAUCCCUGCUCUAUGCUGGGAUCUGAGUAGAGAUGUUGAAGAGGUGUGUGUGUGUGUGUGUGUGUGUGUGUGUGUGUGUGUGUGUGUGUGUGUGUGUGUGUGUGUGUGUGUGUGUGUGUGUGUGUGUGUGUGUGUGUGUGUGUGUGUGUGUGUGUGUGUGUGUGUGUGUGUGAAUAUGCACAGUAUGUACUGUAUGUAUGUGUGAGGGGAGAGAGGAAGGGUGUUGAUAAAGGCACAGGGGUGUGGGUGGAAGUUUUUAAAGGUGGGGGGUGGGGGUCUUGGUUUGCCCACCAAGACCAGUCGGGGGUUGAGGUUGAGGGUUAGGUUGAGGGGAAGGACAUUGUUGAUAGUGUGUCACUUGAAGCUUUUGAGGAAUUGAGUUGGAAAAACAGGCGUGCAGAAAUGUGAAAACUAAACAGACGUUGUCAAAUAAUUUGGCUGGAUGUUCAUGGGAUUAAUAUUGUUUAUUAUGGAUAGGUAAAUGUGGGACGUUGUGGCCCACUGAUGUCUAUACUCUUUAUCAUUCCCCUGUUUUCUUUCAAUAUUAACCCUCUGUAUAUUUCAGUUCUUUCCUGUGGAUUGGGAUUUUGUUUUUACAAGAAUACACAACGAGAUGUUAGUAUUUUAAUUAAUGCAGUUUGGAUUUUUCUUGCUAUUUUUGCUUCUGUAUAUAAUGUACACGUAUUUUCCAAAUGCCUCAGCAACAGUUGUCAUUCAUCUUUUUUGGCAUGCAAUGCCCUUUAAUGAAUAAAUAAAAGCUGUCAUAUUUGAGAAUGAUUUAAUCAAAUUCAGAACCUAUGGUCUUUAAUUGUGAUAGAACAUUUGCAAUAGACAGAGUAGAUAUUGUAUGAAUCAACCACAUGUAUAGUAUUCAAGACUGUGCAUUUUAAAAACCUUUUUUUAUGAUGUUUAUUAACAUGGUCUGUAUAAAUAAUACAUCCAUGUUGAGUAGCGCAUAGAUUUAUAUGGAAUAUCAACAGCUUUCGGAGAAUAGAUGCAAUGGUCAGAUGUGGAUGUUGGAGUACACGUAUCACAUGUACUUACCAUAUAAGUCACCUUAUAUGCUAUAUUGACAGAAAUGUGCCAUUUACAAUGACCUAGAAUUGUCUAGUAAUGCAUUACACUGUGAUGGAACCUAAUAACUGUUGUUAACGGCCAACAUGAAAAUCAAUGUACAAUCCCUCACUGUCAAAAUAAUUGAUUUGGCUGGACACACUGACAACAACACAUGAUCUGGACACAGAUAUUACAGUAAUGGGCAGAACAGUAGAACUCCAAGCACAACUCUGGAUUCUACUUCUCUGGGCUCCUUUGUAACAAAGCAGCAGAGGCCAUCAUAUUUCUGUGGCUUUCCCUGUUAUGUGCACCAGAGAGAGGGAGGUUGAUGAAUUCAUGUGUCUCUGGCUAGGAGCUCUGUGUCUCCAUACUGAUCCAGGUCUCAAUGUGCCCAUUGCUCCACACCUCCAUCUGAUUACAUUAUAAUCUUUAUGCUGUCUCUUUCUUUCAUAGGCAAAUCACUUUUAUGUGUGGUUGUCUGUGGAUAUUAUGUGGAUAUUAUGAAUCCUCUCAUAUCAGUUUGACAGUACAUUUGUCAUGCCUUUUGAGUAAGCGGCAUGACAAAUGUGUGUCCCAGCUUUUUUGUGUGGCUUUUUGCCUCUGCUUUUGUUCCUCUCUGAUCUUGCUCUCAUUUGAUUCACUUUGAGGAAAAUUAGAAAAAAUUAGAAAAUGUAUUAGGGUAGGAGUGUGUAAUGAUGAAUUAAUAAAACAUUGUUAAUGAGAAAAUAUGUGUAAAGUCAUGGAUUAAAUAAAUGUGUAUAGAGGAAA